AUGUUGCGAGUUCAACUCUUGUGGGCAUGCGCCCUUCUCGCGCUGCUGGCUGGAGCCGUAGCAGAUCGGCAUCGACCUGUUUUUCACAUGGUCACGGAUGACUGGAUGAACGAUCCCAACGAUGCUGUUUCGGAUGACCUGGUCUACUGGAAGAUGCUGCCCAUGGCCCUUGACACGGAUGAAUGGUAUGAUCAAGGGGGUGUCUUUUCUGGCUCAGCCACCAUUAUGGACGAUCCCGCGCGCACCCCUGUUCUGGCCUACUCUGUGUCCACCAAUGACAUGCAAUGUCUGGCCUUCCCUGCCAAUCGUUCUGAUCCUGAACUCAUCAAGUGGACCAAGUACUCGGGCAACCCCGUCAUUGACAGUCGCAACUCGACCGCACCCGAUGGUCGCGAUGACACGACGGCCUGGCGCAGUGCUGACGGCAAGUUCUGGCGCAUGGUAUAUGGCACUACGAGCGGUGCCAUCAUCUUUAGCAGCACAGACUUUAUCAACUGGGAGCAAAACCACUACAUGAACAGCGAUGACAACAGCGAGCAAUGGGAGUGUCCAGACUUUUUUGCGGUGCCGAACAAAGGCUCGGAUGUGUACUGCCUCAAGGCCUCAACCAAGGGGCGAGACUAUUGGGUUCUCGGCACCUACGAUGACGCCAACAACAUGACGUUUGUACGCCAAACGCCUGACAUGGGCAAUGACACCAUGCUCUAUGAUUACGGUCGCUUUUAUGCCUCAAAGCGCUUCUAUGACCCAGUUAACGAGCGUCAAAUUCUCUUUGGCUGGGUGGCUGAGGAGCGAACCGUCGACGCGCACGGUGCCCCAUAUGGUCUGUUUCACAAUUGUGGUCCACAUGUCCGUAGGGAUGAACUCAUUUUUUCCCCCCGAGAUGAGAUGGCUCACACGUGUUCGGCUUAUGGCCAACCCACAGGAUGGGCCUCCAUUCAGUCGGCACCACGAACCAUUGGUUUGACGCAGGAUCGCACACGACUCACUUACGAGCCCAUUGAAGAGCUCAAGGCUCGACUGAUUGCGGAGUUUCCGUGCUUGACAGCCUUGAUGGACAAGAGCAGACGCUGGUUGGCGUCGGCUACGGUCAUGAAAGCGUUGGACCUUAUACUGAAAAAAUGGAUUUGCCUGGUGGUGACUACAAGUAUGAGUAACGUUGCCAUGUUUGUGGCCAAGCUCUCGAACCAGUUCUCAUAUUGGUCUACACUUUCGGCCGUUUGCAGCGUGACCAACGUCAACUAUACCGAUCCGCACGAGUGCGAACAAGUCUGUGAUGCCGAUGAGCAGUGCAUGGCCUGGACCUACGUUGUCCGACCCCCUCUUCAUGGUCGGUUGUCCCCGCUGCGUUCCGCCAGCUUACCUUUGUGA